GUCCCGCCGCGUUCUCAGACUCGCACAAGCUGCCUCUUCUCGCCUUCAAUGGGAAGGGCAUAGGCUUACGCACUGAGCGCUGCUCUCACAUUAUAUCAUACCUUCCGAAUUCGUCGAGGGCGUAUAAAAGGGGCAUUCGCGAGAAUGGGCCGUCCCUGCUCUCACCCUCAUCAUCGACUGUGACGUACGCAUUGCAGACAGUGGUUACUAGUACGAUAUGGCCCAGCAGACAAAAGCCCGUAUCCUCAUCUACUCUGCGACGCGCGGUUAUCGACACGAUUCGAUUCCUGCGUCGAUCGAGGCUCUGAAAGCCAAGGCUUCGGUCAUCAAUGUCGAGUACGAUGCUACGGAGGAUCAGUCGUGGUUCACAGACAAUCACCUCAAGCAAUACGAUGCAAUCCUCUUCCUCAACAACUCGGGAGACGUGCUCGAUGAGACGGGUAAAGCAGCGUUUCAGAAGUACCUCAACUCCGGUGGUAACUUCAUUGGAAUCCACUGCGCUUCUGCAUGCUUCUACAACGAGUCGGAUGACUGGUUCCGCAAGGAGAUAGGAGCGCUCUUCGACUACCAUCCAGAUAUCUGCACAGCGGUUUAUGAUGUUGUGGGGCCUUCGCAUCCUGCCACAAGCAUGCUCCCAGCGAGAUGGGAGCUCUACGACGAGGCGUACAACUUCACGUCGGACCCGCGCAAAGUGGGAGCGACAGUAAUCCUCGCAGCGGACGAGUCUACCUACCUAGAUCCUGGUGAACGGAAGUUUGACCAUGGCAGCCCUCACCCGAUUGCAUGGUUCCAAGAGCGAGGCGCCGGCGUAGCGCCUGGCGGAAUAGCCGGUCGUAGCUUCUACACGGGCCUGGGGCACUGCAUCGAGACUUGGCAGGACGAACUAUUCCUGGCACACGUUCUGGCGGGUAUACAGUGGGCUUUACAGUCUGGAACGACGAAGGCGUACAACCCUAACGCACUGGUUGGGAAUGCUACUGUAUGAUGUUGCUGAUCCCGAGAACGAACGCGGUCGCGGCGUUGAUCCGUCGGAUACGACAAUUGAGUAUGUUUGUAUAUCGUCGCAAUGGUCAAGAACCGAUAGCUUUGUGAGAACAAGCGAUAAACGGUACGGCGAGCGCGAGUGUCCCGGGCGUGGGCGAUGCCCGAAGGGCAAUCGCGUGAGGUAGAUACACGAAAAUCAACGGUUUAUAUACCCC